AUCCCACAUCCCUCCUUGCCUCAGUGUAUCGGAUCACGGUAAUACUGAAGCGCUAUUUGCAAUGUCUCCUGCACGGGCACGGGCUCUUCUCGGGCUCCUGAUCACACUGUGCACCCAGAGCGCAAUACUGUCGGGUUCAAAGCCAUUGCCACCACGUAAUGUGAAGCUGACAUCAGUAAAUAAGGGCUUAAAAGUCACAUGGGAUCCACCCAGUGAGCUGGAUGGACGGCCAGUAGAAAGUUACAGCAUUGGCUAUGGGAAGUCCAUGAAGUCAUUACACUUUGUCACUGUGGACAAGAACAGACGGUCCGAGACACUAGAGGACCUAGAGCCUGGAGUCCUGCAUUUUCUCAAGAUGAGUGCAGAGAAUAAGGAUGGGAUGAGUAAACCUGUCUACAGGGCAGAGACUCCAGGAGGGGGAGAGUGGGUGAAAUUGGAUGGCUUUGCUGUCGAGCCUUUUAACAGAUCCUCUCCAGGCAGAAUGGUGUCUAUAUCUUCAUCUCAAAUUAAUCCACGGCCCCUGGCUCAGAGGACAGCUCUUGGACAACAGAGGGCCCCACAGUCAUCCUCCGGACCAGAACCCCCUCAACAAAGAGGACACAUCCCUCUCCGAAGCCAAAACAAACACAGAGUAGACCUCAGCCAGCACCAAGCAGACCAGCGUAAUGCUAACAAGCCCAGAUUGGCCUCUGAGUCCAUCUAUGUGGUAUCACUGCAGGCACCCAGAGCCCAGGAGAGGAGUGCACCCAUCAACACAGCUGUUCUGAGUAAAAAAGUCACCACAGAUCCAGAGUUUGUGGAUGAAGUAGAGGAUAUCACAGUUAGAGUUUUGUCUCCUCAGUCUAUGGUUAUCACAUGGGUCGAUCCACUUAUUGAAAAGAAGAAGGAAAUUCCAGGUGGAUCCAGGCAUUACACAGUGAAAUAUAGAGAGAAAGGAGAAUCUGCUCGAUGGGAAUACAAGGACACCCCUCAGAGACGCCUCUUGAUUGAAACACUCUCUGCAGACAGCAUGUAUGAGUUCUCUAUUCAAAUCUCUUUAGGAGACCAGAAGGGAAAAUGGAGUGCAUCUGUGUUCCAAAGAACCCCUGAAUCAGCUCCCUCUGGCCCUCCAGAAAAUUUUCAGGUGAAGCCACUUAGAGGGAAAGGUACUGCCGUUACAGCAACCUGGGAUCCGCCUGAGCAAACCAAUGGACGAAUAAGAGAGUACAUCCUUUCCUAUGCUCCUGCUAUGAAACCAUUUGGCACAAAGUCAAUUACAUACCGUGGCACCACCACCUCUGCUACUAUAGAUGGACUUACACCAGGUGACCGUUACAUCUUCAAAAUCCGUGGAGUCAAUAGGAAGGGGCAAGGACCACAGACUAAAGCCAUUAUCGUUGCAAUGCCUGCAUCCAGCAGCCACAAGACCAGUCAAAGUGCCUCCAAGACAUCAUCAUACAAUAAAUCAGACAAACAGGAGUCAGAAAAUCAGGAUGAGAUGGAAGAGUCAAACAUGCAGACCACAACUCCAGCCCCACCCACUAAUCGAAAGACACGCCCUCUUUCUCAAACAAGGUCCUAUCACAGCAUCUUCUCAUCUGUUAGGGGUUCUGUCAGAAAUGGAGGUUCUAACUCAAGGCCAAAAUUACACUCAUCAUCCACUCAUACCAAAGAGGGAAAUAAAGAUGAGGAAGAGAGGCCAACAGACAGUCCAACAGAUGAGGAAAUAGGAGCAAAUGAGGCAAUUGAGGACACAAAACCAGAGAGCAGCAACAAUGUUUCACCACCACAAAUUAAGGAAGAUUCAAAAUACUCACCUGACAAUAUGGAAUUAAACCCAAAAAGAUCCAAUCAGUCACCAAGACCAACACAAUCAAUUUUAAAAACAUCUUCAACUGACUCCCUCCAUAAAAUAUCAGAGGAUCAACGGCCUUCUUGGACACCUCGCACUUCCUCAAUUGUCGAUAUUAGCCAAAUAAGAAGGCCUAAUUCUCGCACCCAUGGUUCUCGAUCAAGGACGCCAAAUGAAGAUUCUUCCAGCUUAUUGACCAACCAAGAGUCUGCAGCUACAAGAAAGGGCUUAACUGCAGUCUCCUAUCCUCAGAGAAAGGACUCAUCCAACCAGAUAAGUGUUACUGACAAGACAUCGGUGCCCUCGCCUCAGGAAACCACACCUGAAACAGAGAAAGAUUCAGCAUCAUCUUCCGCCAGCACUAAUUCAUCUUCCACCUCAUCUGCAUCGUCUUCUUCUUCCUCUUCAUCAUCAUUACCAUCAUCUUCAGCAUCAUCUUCAGGUACAAGAAGAAUUUCCUCCCCAUCAAGUCGAGUCACAAGUUCAGGAUCUGGUUCCACAUACCCUAAUAGCAGAAGAGUUGGAAUUUCAACUAGAGCUCAUAGAUUUCAACGACAGCGCAAAGCUGAUUCAUCAUCAUCAUCAUCAUCAUCUAUGUCUUCACAAUCCACACUGCCAACAGGAACUGGGAUUUCUGACAGUAGUGAUAGCCACUCAACAAGCCUCCACAAUAAAACAGAGCAUGUGAGCCAUCAUAACAACCAAAAGAACACAGAGAUAGACACAAUAAAGGAUGUUCAACCAGCUGCUUCUGACCAAACCAAAACCCCCCAUUUGGAUACAACUAAAGAGGAACAAAAUGAAAAUUCUGAUAACAGAGAAGAGAAAAAAAAAAUGAAUGGUUCUACUUCCCAGACUUCUCCAAGGAUUAACCCCUCUAUAACAAGGCAAAAUUCAUCUUUUCCAAUACCAAACCGAAAUUCUAAGAUAGUUACAGGAAUUCGCAGACAAGUUGGCAGGACACCGUGGAGUAGGACUGCUUCUUCUGUAGGUGCAGGAAGGCCAAUUAUUAAUAGACUUCCUCCACAUACUACUGCUUUGAGCAUUCAGCACACUAAUGAUAAAGCCAAAGCUUCCCCCACAACAUAUCCCUCCAAGCCUGGGGUUGAUCCUGUUUCAAAUAAGCAUAAUAUGUUCAGAGAAACUGUUUCAACAAAUGUUGCAAUAAGUUCCAACAAUCCCAGUAAUAAUGGACAUUUAAAAAUUAGCAAUGAUCAUGAAGGUGAUUAUCUUUAUGAGGAAAGCAAGGAGACAUUUGAGAGGCAAAGUAAAGAUGCUGUCCCAACUGCAGCACCUAAAACUACUACAACAGCUGUGAGUGAAACUCACAAACCUGUCCAAAAGUUUGAGAAUGUGGAUAGGGAGCCAAGUUCUGUAAGUACCAGUGUUAAGUCACUUUCAUCAGUUCCUCAAAGAGUUCCUCUUUUGGGUUCUAAAGGAAGAGUGCGCUCACCUGUGGUAGCAAGUCGGCUGAAAGGGUCACGGCUUCCCAGUCGGGUGUACCCAGUACAACACAGAAGACUGGGCUCUGCUUCCACACCUGUUACUACAUCAUCAUCAUCUUCUUCCUCCUCUCAAAACAGUCCAGCAGAAUCACCCCAUAUUUUAGAUCGAGACACAGGUGUUGACAGUAAUACUAAUGUUAGGUUGACCCCUGAUUCAGUUUUUCACUCUAUUGGGAAUAAAUCACCUGAGUCUCCAUCUUCUUCAUCUCGGAAUCCAGUGGUGGGAUCAAGGCUGCGUUCUGUUUCAAAAGAAAACACCCCAGUUAAUGGCUACAAACACAGUUAUGGAAAAGGCAAAAAUGGACGGCCGAAUCUGACAGCUGCAAAUGGAAAAGUAUCGUCAACAGCUAAUGUCAGACAUAUCACAGGUCCUGAUGGAACAAAAUGGGUUGUAGAUCUGGACAAGGGUGUCUUAAUGAAUGAAAAUGGAAGAGUUCUUCAAGAUUCAAGUGGUAGACCAAGAAAAGUGAUACUUGGAGAAGAUGGCAAGACUAUUUUUGAUGACCAGGGCAGCCCACUGGUCAACCAGGAAGGAUUAGCAUUAUUUGGUCACGGAAGGGACAGUCGGCCUGUUGUUAACCCCAGUGACAAGUACCUAACAGUGGGAGGAAAGCCUGUUGUAGGCUUGGACCGCCCUAAACCUAGGAUUCCUACCACAUCAACAACUACAACUACAACUACAACUACAACUACAACUACAACUACAACUACAACUACAACCACACCAGAACCGACAACUGAACCCACAACAACAGAAAUGGUAACAGAAACUUUGGAGCCAACAACAUUAGCUGCUGAGCCUACAUGUCCACCUGGACUGUACUCACGAACGGAUAAGAAUGGUUUCCCAAUAGUGGAUGCUGAUGGAAUACUUAACUGCUACUCUGAAGAUGAGUUUUUUGUGAUGACCACCACAAUCUCAAGCCCUACGACAACACAAGCCCCCACUCCUGAGACACGGCCAUUCAACAACACCCCUUCCUCAGAGUUUGAUGUUGCUGGCAAGAAACGCUUCACUGCUCCAUAUGUAAACUACAUCAGUAAGGAUCCUGGAGCUCCCUGCUCGCUGACAGAGGCACUGGAAUACCUGCAAGUGGAUGUCUUGGCAGACUUGAUGGAGAAGGACCAGCAGUCAUCCAAUCAAAAGCAGCCACCCAAGAACAAGCCCCAUAAUGUCACUGUGGUUGCUAUGGAGGGCUGUCACUCCUUUGUUAUUUUAGACUGGGCACGCCCACUUCAAGAUGACAUGGUGUCAGGCUACAUGGUGCACAGUGCCUCCUAUGACGACGUCCUGAAUAACAGGUGGUCAAGCAAAUCCUUAAGUGGAACACACCUUCCUGUUGAAAACCUCAAGCCUAAUUCCAGGUAUUACUUCAAAGUUCAAGCAAAAAACAUCUUUGGGUUGGGGCCACUUAGUGAAACUUUAACAUAUGUAACAGAGUCAGAUGACCCCCUUCUCAUAGAGAGACCCCCAGGUGGGGAGCCUAUCUGGAUCCCAUUCUCAUUUAGGUUUAACCCUGCCCACAGCUCCUGUAAAGGAAGUCAGUUUGUCAAGCGCACCUGGUAUAAGAAGUUUGUAGGUGUUGUCCUCUGCAACUCAUUGCGUUAUAAGAUCUUCAUGGGAGAUGGACUGAGAGAAACAUUCUUCAGCAUUGCUGAUACAUUUGGCCAUGGAGAGGACCACUGCCAGUUUGUGGACUCAUAUUUAGAUGGAAGGACAGGACCACACAAUCUCUCCCUCUUCCUACCCACAGCUCAAGGUUAUUAUCGUUCGGAUAGACAAGAGCCAGUUAAUUUUGGUGCCAUCGGCAGAAACACACCAUUUCCUUUCGUAGGAUGGUAUGAGUGUGGAGUUCCAAUCCCCGGCAAGUGGUAAUGGGAAAAAAUCCAAAAGGACAAUUCCUCAGGCAAUAUGUUCUCCCCUUUAUUUAUCAGCCAUUCACAGAGGUGAACUAUUUCUCACCAUGUCAACAAAACCUAAAUCAUAUAGCAACAGCUUCUGAUCAAAGGAAUAUAGUACUUUGAGUAACACUAAUAUUUCUACAUAUUCGAUAUCAAGCACUUUUUUUUUUUAAAUAAGUCUGUAUAUGAGGAAAUUGCAGCAUGUGUAUUGAGUUUAUUAACAGUGGUUUUGUUUUUGUUGUUGUUUUUUUUUAUGUGUUCAGUCAUUCCAGUUGUUUCACAUUCAAUUCCGUACCAGAAUAUUUAUCUUACAGUAACUUCAAAGAAACACAGUAGGCUACUUAAAUAUCAAAGCACAAAAUGUAAUUACAAAUACAUUUGUGUGAAUCUACACAACUUAAAGAUGAUAUAUGCAAUGAUGUAACAAAUUUUCUGUGAGUUAUGUGUGCUGUUGUUUUAUAAUUCUUUUAUAGUUUUUUAUUUUGUUUGUUUGUUUGUUUGUUUUUACCAAAGGUUGUCAUGGAAGUAUUGCCCAUAUUAGGGCAGAUGAAAAAAACAAACAAUUUUAUUUACUCAGGAAUGGUUACAAUUUGAAUAAAGGUGCUAUAGAGAGAAUUUUUAA